GUAAUAUUGAUAAAGUCACGUGAUUCUUACAUGAGGAAGCCGCUGUUAUUUCGUUUCACCGUCUUGACUUGUACUUACAUAGCUCUAAGCUUAAUAGUCUUCUUGUGUUUGUACAUCAUGGACGCCCGUCUUCGCCGCGUGAAUAAAGAAAUAGCUGACUGCAAGAACGACAAAUCUUCAAACAUCAAAAUCGACCUAGUAGAUUCGUCACCAUUUCAUCUGAAAGGAUCUUUCCCCGGUCCUCAGGACACCCCAUAUGAAGGUGGCCACUUCGAGGUGGAUAUUGUCAUCCCUGAUUCAUAUCCAUUCCAACCUGUCAAGAUGAAAUUCAUCACGAAAGUGUAUCACCCAAACAUAUCAUCAGCGUCGGGAGCUAUCUGUCUUGACAUUCUCAAGGACGCGUGGUCGCCUGUUCUAACGCUCAAAUCGACGCUGAUCUCGCUUCAAUCGCUGUUGUGUUCCCCUGAGCCUAAUGAUCCGCAAGAUGCAGAGGUUGCGAAGCACUACACCACCAGCAAGCGAAGCUUUGAUGAGACAGCAAGAUACUGGACACAGAUAUAUGCCGGAGGGCCUGUGGUGAAGAAGAUGGAAGUGAAGGAGCUACAGAGAGACGAGAUCGCAAUAGCGGGUCUUGAAAAAGCCCAUGUAGAUCAGUUCGAGAGUCUUGGUUUCGAGCGCUCAAAAGUCAUCGACGUUCUUCGGAGAUUGAACUACCGUGGCGCGAACGUUGCCAAUAUUUCUGAAGAUAGAAUUGUAGAAGAGCUUUUGAAAUGACACCGAUGGACAUACCCGGGUACCCCGCUGGUGUUGAUUCUUGUAUUUUUUUCGCUGUGAAUGCCAUCCGUUACUUGCAUUACUCAUGGGGCAGAUACACUACCGACUUGUGAGGUUAGUGGAAAUGCCGUUACUUGUUCUCCCCAUGGCCAGCCUCGUGGUGCGUUUAUGGCCUGUCGGUCCAUUCCGAAUAUGCAGGGAUGAUGCUAUCAUCCUCGAUAUGAUCGAUAUCUCGCUACUUUUCUGUGAAAGUGUGAAGUGUCGCCGAUCCAUAGCGACGUCAUGAUAAUCACAUCUUCUUCUAUUUCGAUGUCGUCCUUGGAACAGC